AUUUCGUCGAGUCGAUAUCUUUGAAAAUUCUUGAGAUACAAAUGUGCCGUAAUUAGUAACGUUAGCCAAUAUCUUCACUUUUUUACAAAACACUUCCCGUUCAAUUCAAUCUCGGACAUGAGCCCUCAAAAUUGGCGGAUGGUUUCUGGGAGUGUCUGAGUGACAGAUUGCUGUGCGAAUCAUAUAUAGUUCAUGCAGAUGUGGCGAGGGCUCAUAUCGACUUUGUAAAGCAUAAAUUGCCUCUGUUGACUGAAACCAUACUUGAGUGAAUGCACAGAUGGGAUCGACGGCAGAAUGGCUGUUCCCCGAUCUUCUGGAGGUGAUUUUCUCGAACCUCGAACUGAAGGAUCUGGUAGCCUGCAGUGGCGUGAAUCGAGCCUGGAAUGAAGCAGCUAACAGUGUCAAGCUGUGGAGGAAAUUCGUGACUAAAAGUGAUCUUAGCUGGCUGCCAACAAAUAUGAACUGUGAAUUACACUCCUCUUCCUCCUCGACCCCCACUGAUUCAAAUACAUCACUCAAUCAGAGUCCAUCCCCCACUUUACCAGCAUCCAAUCCUUACAAACAGAUUAUACAACAACGUAACCAACUGAAGUACAACUGGAGUCACGGUUGUAUCACAGAAUUCAACUUGGUUCCAACAAGAUAUGGCCUAAAACCAGUGGAUAGGGAAAUAGGACCUAAUGUGGAAUAUACAUCAAGUGCUCCUCAAGAUUGUAUCUAUUACCCAGUGUUGGGGGAGCUUGAGAAUGGGGAAGUUGUUUUGAAAUUAUUCAGUUUUAAAUCAGAGGUGAAGCUUGUUUGUACUUUGGCAGUGGACUUUGCUUUAGAUAGUGUUUCGAUCGUCUGCGUGAUGAGGGACUUUAUAGUGUGGCUAUUAGAGGACGGUAAAGUACAAUACAUUGCUCUCUCAACAUGUGACAAGUGUUCAUUCAAAGACUGCAAGGUGCAAACUCUUACACCAUCUCUCAUAAUCAAUAAUACAGAGGAUCAGUAUUUUCUCACCAUGGACACCAACUACAUUGUAGCUUCAACCUGUGAAUCCCUAUAUGUAUGGAAUAAGAAAUCUCUACAGUUAACACUUUCUCGUAUACCACCCAUGCUUGGCAUCGAGGAUGGAGGUUUUUUAGGAUCCUAUGAUGCAAAUCCCAUAUUUUUAGAUGAUGGAUAUCUAAUUUUAUGCUACUCAGAUCAUCUUGAACAUACAAUACUAAUUGAAGAGUAUAACUUGAAAACAAACAACAAGCUAUCAACCAAACUCACAAUUGAGGGAGUUGUUGAGAUGGUUCAUUGCUCGGGAGACUUCAUUGUGAUGAUUACUACAGUGGAAGAGGAAGGGGAAGAGGAAGAAUUUCAUAAAAUUUUCAUUCAAAUGCGUCGAAAGAAUGAUCUAAAUCAAUUAAUCUACUCAUAUUACUGUGGUGACAACAGAUGUAUGUAUAAAUAUGUUUUUGUUGGAAACUCAUUUCUCUUCUAUAAUUUGGAGACGGGCGAUUAUGAAGAAAUUGAUAUUUCAACGGGGUUUAGAAGUUCAAUGCGUCAAGUUGGCACUAAUUGUGAAUUGUUGGGCAAUUUAUUCGAUAAUUUAGCCUUGAUUAGUUUGGACGAAAACGAAUACACAGAAGUUUGGGAUUGGAAGAAGAAUCGCAGGUGUGUCAAACUGCAUUCUUUGAGGCUAGGUGAUUGCACAUUUAUAAAUGCUAUUACUGCAAAAUGGGUGAUGAUUCAAACAUGCUACUCAGAUUCGGAAGCUUAUUUCACAGUAUAUAGGUGUAAGUAAGGGAUGGAAACGAUGCCAUUAUUUAUUUAACAGAAUGCAGUAUAAAAUCUCUUGACCUCUCAACCAUAAGAACAAGCAAACUUGAACUAUUGGUAUUGCCAUAAUUCAAAUAAAUUAUUAGUGAUUAAAUAAAUGAUAACAAAUGUGAUCAAUUAUCUA